CUCCUCAGUUGUUAUAAGAAUACCCUGGAAAUAUAGCUAUUUAGCAGCAAUUUUCGAUUGAACCUGAGUGAUGUAAUAUGUUUCAUUCAGUGCACCGUAACGCUGGCAUGUAACGAAACCGCUGACGGUGAGAAAACUGUUUGCUUUUGCGAUGCGAUGGUUUCGCGCUUCGGUGUAGGAACAACCAAACGCAUCGCAUAGGUAUCCAAAUUCAAUGGUUGGUCUGAGAUUACUUACCUAGUAUUGGUGUACCGGCUUUGUUUAAGUGAGGUGUGAUAUCCAUUCGGAAAAGGGGGCAAAGUCAGUCAGCCGGGAUGUGAUAUGCGGAUUGGGUGGUAGAAGGCUUGCCGAAGAAGAUUGUUAUCUAUAAACGAUUUUUAAGUGAGUGAUAAGGACUCUCCCAAGGAAUUCACCUUGAAGUUGAUGACGAAGGGAUUUUGCAAUCGUCACGUCACGUUGAACAAGAUCAUUCGGUCCAAAUAACGUCAAACAAAUCUCAUCCAACUCCAUCGAUAGGAACCACUAUCGCAACAUUUUAAUGCGCUUAUAAUACCAGAGUGUCAAAGGGCACCCCAAAAGAAUGCCACAUUGUGAGAGCUAGAAUCUGAAUGAAACGUCGGAAAAUUUGGCAUGCCAUACAUAAAGUAGUGAUAAGCGGACUACCUUAAUACAUUAAGACACCGGGUUCCUUAUCUACCCGUUAAUAGGCCUUUAAUUGCCGGCAUCAAACGUUAUACGACUCAGCAACUGUCCGGCGUUUUAUACAAAACAAUACCCUGACCAAGGACGAGGAGGGGUAAAUGUACAUACAAUUCGCGAAGCGAGCGUCAUAAACUAGAGCGAAAGCCCACAGCGAAGAAGCAUGCGAAUCAGCGGUACUGAUAGGACUUCGGCAGCUGGAGGACACGAUCAGCAGCAGCAGCAGUAUCACGAAGGCGACCACCUCCAGUACGAAGAUGAGUUUGAUAGGAUUGCGGUCGUCGAUGAAGAACAGAAUGGCCAUUCAGUCGAUUCGCGACAUUCAAAAGCAGCGAAUAUCGUCGUCAUCUGUCCCGGUGCCAAUCGUGGUCUCAGUCCGUGCAAAAACGCAUCUGUCGCAGUCGAUGGUGAUUGUCUGAUUACAAGUCCUUCCUCGUCCGUGCUGACCGAAAACUGCUGCCUGCUGCGCAAGCCGACCAACGGCACCAUGAAGAGCAAACUGUCCGGCGUGCGAGACAGGCUCCAGGAUCGAAGUCUGCUGGUGGACCUGUUGGCGAUACUGUUCGGCGUAGGAGCGUGGAUCGGAGUGAACUCAAAUUUUGUGCAGUUGCCACUGCUGGUGGUGAACGCACCGGAAGGAUGGAAUCUACCGUCGUACUUGGUGGUCAUUACCCAGCUUGGGAAUCUGGGGCCGUUGAUUUACACGGGACUUCAGAAGGUCCGGGCGUUCAAGGAUUCGUACAUGAUCUACGCGGUGUUGAUCAUCGGUACCGUGGGUGCCAUUUGUAUGGCGUUCUUGUAUGAAGUGACUGCGCACGUGUUCGGCGCCGAACGGUCUGUGGCAAUGUUCGUGUGUGUAUUCGCCCUAGCUCUGGUCGGUUGCACCAGUUCGGUUCUGUUCAUGCCCUACAUGGGACGGUUCCGAGCGAUCUACCUGAUCACCUAUCUAAUCGGAGAGGGACUGAGUGGGUUCCUGCCGAGUAUUGUGGCGCUGAUUCAGGGAGUUGGAGGAAACGCCCAGUGCAUACCGAAUAAUUCCACCAACCCGGAUGCACCGGAAUUUGUUAGCUACACGCCACCGCCCCGUUUCGGAUCAAUGGAAUAUUUCAUCUUUGUGUUUGUUGUCUUGAUUAUCAGCACGGUUGCUUUCACCAUACUGGAUAACCAUAAGCGCUGCCGAAAGGAGUAUGCAGCCGUUGUGAUCAAUCAUGGCAACGAUUACACCUACGAAACCGGUCAUUCGUCAACGACGACCGAGAAAUCCAACGUCAAGCUCGAAAAAAGCAAAAUUCUCUCGAAUCGUAACUAUACCUAUCUCAUGGUUCUGCUCGGCAUUCUGUGCAUGUUCGGGAACGGAAUCUUCCCCAGUAUACAGUCGUACUCGUGCCUUCCGUACGGGAAUGUGGCGUACCAUCUGACGGUGACGCUGAGCACGAUGGCCAAUCCGGUGGCCUGCUUCCUGGCGGUGUUUUUGCCACACACAUCGAUACGGGCCAUCUCGUCGAUUUCGGUGCUGGCGGGGCUGUUCACGGUGUACGCGCUAAUGACGGCCUUCAUGAGCCCGGCACCGCCGCUGAUGGGACGGGCCAUUGGGGAUGCACUGGUGAUCGCCACGUGGACCAUCCUGGUCGGGCUGGUCAGCUACGUGCGCCUCUCGAUCACCACCGUCUUCCGGUACCAGGGCGGCAAAUCGCUGGUGUGGGUCGGUGCCGUCACCCAGAUCGGAUCGCUGCUCGGGUCGGUCCUGUCGUUCUCGCUCGUUAACUUCACCGAUCUGUUUCAGCAGUACUACCCGUGCUGAUGAUGAUGAUGAUGAUGAUGAUGAUGAUGAUGGAAUCAUGCUCGUUAGAGUUUAAGUACUGCAACUGUUCUCUUUAGUUAAGUAUUUGUUUCUGGACAGCGAUAAGUGUUUCUAUAACGUUUGACUGUUUCUAAAUAGGGGAUUUAUUCUGACCAUGUUUUAGGUCUUACUGGGAUAAUUGUGUUUCCUUAAUUUGAAUGCGAGUGCGAUUGGAUGUCUGGAAUAGUGUGUAGGUAUGUGGUCCCAUAUAUUUAAGAUCAAGUACAAACGAUACCCGUACGCGAUGAUUCUGAUGCAGAAUUGAUUUUGUGAAUGGUACUUUUUUCGAUUGUUGAACGGGAUACCUAGUAUUGCAAAUUUUUCAGAUCAAUGAACAAUGUCUUGGAUUUGUUAUCUACUUA